GACGACGGCGACAAGAGGAGCAGGAGGAGGCGGACCCCCCGCCCGGGGCUGCCUCCAUCAGCACCCCAGUUCUGGUCCACUCCACCAGCCACUUGCUGAGUCCUUUGGUAAGUGGGGUCGGAGGGGCCUCCAGACACCCCCGUGGCGGCGGCUCCGUCAGCACCCCCGUCCUGCAGCUCGCCUCGGCCACGCGGAGGGGCGGCCAUGACGGCGCUGGCGCCAGGUCGCCGCCCUCGACCGCCGUGUCGAUGCACGCCGGCUCGAGGGACAGCCACCUGCUCCCUGGCAACUCGUACUUCUUCCAGCGCGACGCCGGCGUUCGCCACAGCGUCAGCAGCAGCAACAGAAGCACCAUCAGUCAGAACAGCUGCAACUCCGUGUCCUUCACGCCAGACAAGCCUCCGCGGCCCACCAGCGGUAGGAGAGCCGACUUCAUCUCGAGAGGCAGCGUAGCGCCCACGCCCACAGGGAAGGACGUCGCUAAGACGAACCAGAAGAACUCAGGGUUAAGGAGCUUCAGCCAGAGCACCAGGAACUUCCUGAGGGGCGGCGGCGGCACCUCGGACACCUCGGGCACCCCCGUCCUCAAGCGCAGCCAGAGCGUGAAGGCGGGCAGUGGCUUCUGCCGGCCGCAGGGCACUGCGCGAGGCGACGUCCGCGAGAGCCAGUCCGUGACCUCGAAUCAUCCCGCUGACAGGAGGAGCCAGCGGCAGGAUGCGACCAACGCCUACGGAAUUAUCAACGGCAUGAAACAACCCACCGCGAAGGAGAGUCCGACGACGCCCUUCCACUUCUUCAGGCGCUCCAGUGUCAGGGACUCUCAGCGGACGCCUUCUGAACGCAGUAGUAUUCGGUCCAAGACGAAUUCAGGGCCAUCACACAUUCCCGAACCUUCGUGGAGGAGCAGGGGGACGCCGUCGACCCCUGGAAGGAGCAGCGGCGACUCGGCCAGACCGCAAAGCAUCGACGAAGGCACCGUGAGCAGGUCAUGGCGGAGGCAGUCAGCGGAGUCGCGGCAGGCGCUGCAGAGGAACCAUUCGACCAGAGUUCUUAGGGAUGCGAAUAGCCAACCUGGAGGACAAGGUUCCCGUGGCCAGACGAGGGCAGGGUCUGGCCCCUCGGAGUUGCAGUACGCACGGAUCCAGACUGGCGGUGACAAGGGCGCGGGGAAACAAAAGACGAAGCUCCUCCAGCAGUGCAAGUGUGGCAUGAAUAGUUACUGUGAUCAGUGUAGAAGUAGCAUGAAGGCGAGCAAAGAAGAGGUGAGCAAAUGUCCCAGUGCAACAAGCAAGGAAAAUUCUUUUGCCAGAAACAGUGUUCGACGAGCGAGUGCGAGUCAGAGAGUGCAGACGGAGAAACCGAAGGAGGGAGCGCAGCCGGCGAGCGCCGCCCUCGAGAGGAGGCCGUCCGUGCGCAAGGCUGUCGAGACCUACGAGCAGUUGCAGUCGGUGCGACGCGAGCGGGACCGACUGCAAAACCGUCCGACGGCCUUGUACAUCCCCGUGGACAGGGAGCAGGACGCGGAGGACGACACCGGCCGGAAGGACAUCAAGGAGUACCUCCUGGAGUACGACGAGCCAGGGAGACCCAUAUCUGUGGCCAUCGACGAGUUGAUGGCGAGGUCGGCCGUGGCUCCUCAGCUGCCCAAGAAGAGGAACUUGUCCCCGCCGGCCGAGGAGGCCAAGAAGAGGUCCCACAGGGGUGCGGCAACGGCGUCCGCGCCCCACAUGUACGCCAGGGCCCAGACUUCGCGAGCGAAGAGCGCCGAUGCUGCUAGCAGCGGGGUGCUACAGACCACGCGAGCUAACCGCCAACCGAAGACAACCGGCUGUGAAAACGGCCACCACUGGCAUCGGAAACCGGGCCCUGCGGUCUCCAGGAAACCGGCCACCGAACGGCCGGCCCUGAUGAAGACCCUGGACGCCAGUUCCUACGAGGAGGAAAGCCUGGAGGAAGUGAUGAGGGCGCUGGAGGCAGAACACAGGAUGCGCACACUGCAGGCGGAGGAAUCCAGUGAGGACGAUUUCGUUGACCUUGACGAGAUCCUGGUGGAUUACGACCUCCCGGGCAGGCCGUCGGCGCGACCACGCAGGGGCGAGGAUGAGAGCUUGGGCUGCGGGCUGAGCAUUCUUCCGUCGACUGGAUCCUCCGCAGGACUUCGGUCCUCGACUCCCCCGCCCUCCUCCGCCAUCAUGAGCAGCGGGUGCGGCAUGCCCGCCCCCCCACCCUCCUCCUCCGGGCGGCCACCCGCCAGCGCUGCCGCCCGACCGACCGCACUCCUACCUCACUCACCACUCCGCCGUGUCGCAGGAAAAUGGAGGCGUGGGGGUGUCGCCGCGGCUGGGGUCUCCGGAGCGGCCGGAGAAGAGCAUCAAAGUGCACUUCAACACCUCCUUCAACGUCGUCAAAUUCGGCGACGGAACGGAUGUCAAGGGGAUAAUCAAUGUGGUCAUUGGCAGACAGGCCGCAGGGCCACGACCAUAUGAAAGUAUGUUUGCCAUCAGACUUCGCAACACCAUCACAGGGGAACUCCAUUGGCUGCAUCAAGAUCUUACUAUGUACCAGGUUGAAGAGAAAUUCCCAGAUUACCAGAGUGAGGAGUGGAGAUUCGAGCUCCGUGUCCGCUAUGUCCUUUCAGACCUCCACCAACUCUAUGACAAAGACCGCACUACAUUCUGCUACUACUAUGAACAG